AUGUGGAAAGAUAUUGACGAAUGUCUUGAUACAGAAAUAAAUAAUGCGAAUAUCUCAAAAGUUGUAUCAAAAGGUAGUGGUGACAAAGUCAAAGGCCAUAUUAUUGGUAUUGCUUUAGGUAUAAUAAAUUCAUAUGUUGCUAUUAUGGAAAGAAAAUCGCGUAAAGUACUUGAAAAUGUUGAAGGUAUGCGAACAAUGCCAUCAGUAGUAGCCUUUACAAAAGAUAAUAAACGACUUGUUGGUAUGUCUGCUAAACGUCAAGUAGUAACAAAUCCUUAA